CAACCCCCUGCUUAGCCCAUCCCAUCACUGUAGUGGUUGUUCGAGGAAGGGUAUUAGUUGCUAGCCCGACUUCAUAGCUGGGCUCAGAGCUCGCCGAGCUGCCGACCUCGCCGCACCUGCUUUUUCAUUUCACGAAAUAUUACAAAAGUGGAAAGCGGGAUAAUUAAACGGAAACAUUUUACUUGUUUCGAUCUGGGAUUUUGCCGUUUGUGUGUUGCAUCUUGAUAUGACCAUUAGUACACGGCCGACAAGCAUCCUGGAACACGAUAGUCAAAUGUCUUUGGCUAGCCAACCCAACGCGCGAGAUUACGGUAGUAGAAAUGGAACGUGGUGGGAACGCAGAACUCGACUGGAGCGCCGUCUGUCGCUUUGCGCAACAGUCGUCGUAUUCGUUGCUGUUGGACUAGCCAUUGCCAUGGCUGCACUAAUUUAUCGAGGCCAGCAGAAUAAUCCAUCGAAAGUUUUCGAUAGUGAAACUCUUGCCAUGGUUUCGCCCUCUGCCGCAGCCUUUACAGUAAGCAGUCACGAAGUACUCGAUUUAGACAAGGUGACCCAUCCCGAAGCCAAAAGCGCCCAGGAUAUUUGUGACACUCCCGGCUGCGUUUUAGCAGCGGCCGAGAUUCUUAAAAAUAUGGACAAGUCGGUCAAUCCUUGUGAUGAUUUCUAUUCUUUCGCUUGCGGUGGUUUCGAAACGAGAAAUGUUAUCCCCGACGAUCAGUCGAGUGUGACUACAUUCAGUCUGAUAGGUGAUGAAGUGACGGAACAACUUCGAAACCUGAUUGAAAGACCCAUCAAAGAGGGCGAUGCUGAACCCUUCAAAUUGGUCAAGAAACUUUACCAAUCGUGCUUGAAUAAGACGCGCGCGGAAGAGGUGGGCCUGACCCCUCUCAAGGAGGUCCUUGACCAGUUCGGCGGUUGGCCCGUCGUUGUCGGAGACAGCUGGGAUGACAGUACUUUUAUCUGGUAUGAAAUGAUUUACAAGUUCCGUCGCGUCGGCUAUUCCAUCGACUACUUUGUCGACUUUUCCGUCACAACUGACUUGAAGAACUCUACCUCUCGUACGAUUGACCUGGAUCAAGCUACGCUCGGUCUAAGUAGAGAAUACCUUAUUAAAGGUAUGGAAGACAAGGACGUUAAAGCUUACCUUGAUUACCAAGUCGGCUUAGCAACUCUUUUGGGAGCGGAUAAAGAGCGCGCACUCAAGGAGCAGAGGGAAGCACUUGAAUUUGAAAUUAAGCUCGCCAACAUCAAUUUACCACGAGAAGAACGUCGUGAUGCCAACAAACUUUACAAUCCGAUGACCAUUAAAGAAUUGAGCCAAAAAGUGCCCGAAAUUCCGUGGUUGGUUUACAUGAACACUAUCCUGGCCCCGCAUCAUGUUCUAACGGAAAAUGAACGUGUCAUCGUUGAUGUGCCUGAUUACUUCCCUAAGCUAGUCGACUUGUUAGCCAAAACACCCAAGAGGACGUUGGCCAAUUAUUUGAUGUGGCGAGUUUCAUCCGCAUCGGUUGGGUACCUGAAUGAGGCGGCUAGAAAUUUGCAGCUCAAGUAUUCGGCUGUUUUGACUGGAACGACUGAACGCAAACCCCGUUGGGAAGAGUGCACUGACCUCGUGUCUGGCAGAGCCAAAAAGUCAAAAGGCAGAAUUUUUGGCAAUGCCGUCGGAGCCAUGUACGUCCGGGAAUAUUUUGAAGAAGAUGCCCGUCAAUCGGCCAACGAGAUGGUCAAAGAUAUCCGAAGCGUGUUUACUGAGAUUAUUGACGAACUCGAGUGGAUGGACGACGAAACCCGAGUGCGUGCCAAGGGCAAAUCAGCGUCAAUGACUACGCACAUUGCUUACCCCGACGAAUUGCUCGACGACAAAAAAUUGAUUGAUCUCUACCAAAAUCUGACUCUCGACGCGACAGACUAUCUACGCAAUGCCCUCAAUCUCACAGUUUUUGGCACCAAUUAUGCGUUCAAGAAAUUAAGGGAACCCGUUAACAAGACGGACUGGAUUUCGCACGGUCGACCAGCUGUUGUCAACGCCUAUUAUUCUCCACUUGAGAAUUCGAUCCAAUUCCCUGCUGGCAUCCUUCAGGGUGCUUUCUUUGGUAAGAAUCGUCCCGCCUACCUCAACUACGCUGCCAUUGGCUGGGUCAUUGGGCACGAAAUCACCCACGGCUUCGACGAUCAGGGACGUCAAUUCGGCCCCGAUGGCAAUUUGGCCGAAUGGUGGGCACCACCAACAAAGAAAAACUAUUUGGAGCGAGCCCAGUGCAUUAUUAGCCAAUACGGCAACUAUUCUUUCCCUGAACUCGGCUUGAACAUCAAUGGUAUCAAUACCCAAGGCGAAAAUAUUGCCGAUAACGGUGGUAUUAAAGAAGCCUACAGGGCCUACAUUAAAUACGCUACACGCUCUAGGUCCGGCUUUGAAAACUGGGACCAAGUUGAACAACGAUUGCCCGGUUUGAGCGAAUACAACGUACGGCAAUUGUUCUGGCUUGGUGCGGCUAAUGUUUGGUGUCAAAAAUCACGACCGGAAAGCUUGAAACUGCGCAUCCUUACUGGUGCUCAUUCUCCAUCACGUUUCCGCGUUCGUGGACCGUUCGCCAAUAUGCCCCAGUUCGCAUCCGACUACAACUGUCCUCUUGGAAGUGCUAUGAAUCCAGUACAAAAAUGCGCCGUUUGGUAAAGAAAAAAUUUAUAUUUUUUUUUUUACUAAUAACUUGUCAUCAUUUAUUGUCCAAAAAAAUCACGUAAUCCACAACUUAAUAUUAAAAAAAAAAAAAAAAAAAAAGUAAAAAAUCAAAAACAUUUGAAUUUGAUCUGUUUUUGGAAAUUGUAGUAGACCGUAAUAGGCCAGCAUUUUUUUUUCCUCCUAAAUUUUGUUCAUCUACAACUCCUCCCCUUCGCACACAAACACACAGCUGGACUGUUAUUUUUUUUUUUUUCCUUUUUUUUUUAACGUUCACAUGUCCCUAAAAAUCCCUAUAAGUAAAUACACGUUUCGUCGUAUUGCCCUAAA